AUGUUACGACAACCUUUACUUCGUUUUUUCAAUCAAAGAAAUCUUUUCUCAUUAUUUUAUCGUACUGUUUAUCGUUCAGUACUUGAUAAUCCUAAUAAAAUUGCUGUGAUUGAUUCUAAUGGUCAAUAUUCAUAUUCACAUCUUCUUUCAGCUAGUGUUCAAUUACGUGAUAAACUUCUUUCUGUAACUGAUGAUAAACAGAAAUCUGCUCAUAAACGUAUUGCUUUUCUUUGCAAUCCAGAUGCAUCAUUUGUUGUUGCUCAAUGGACAUGUUGGCUUUCACGUGCAAUGUGUAUUCCACUUUGUAAAGAUCAUCCACAAUCAUUACUUGAUUAUUAUAUUGAUGAUGCUAAAUGUUCACAUUUAAUUGUAUCACCUGAAUAUGAAAAAUUACUUCGACCACUUGCUGAUAAAUUUAAAAUACCAUUAAUUAUAAUUACACAUAAUGAUAUUGAAUUAGGUAAAACAAAACAAAAUAUUCAAUUAUCUAAUCAACAACAAUUCGAUAUUUUUUCUAAAAAUUCCGAUGAUGCUCUUAUUUUAUAUACAUCUGGAACAACUGGCAAACCAAAAGGUGUUGUUCAUACAAUCGCUACAUUACGUGCACACAUGGAUGCAAUGCUUUCAGCUUGGCGUUUGACAAAAAAUGAUACAAUAUUAAAUGUUCUUCCACUUCAUCAUGUUCAUGGAAUGAUAAAUUGUGUUAUGUCACCACUCUAUGCUGGUGGAACGGUAGUCAUGAUGAAUAAAUUUGAUGCUGAAGAAACAUGGGAUCAUCUACUUAAUGAUCGUAAUCCAUCAAUUAAUGUUUUUUCAGCUGUACCAACAAUUUAUAUAAAAUUAAUUGAACAUAUCAAAAAUUCAUCAAUAAAAGAUGUGAAAAGAUUAUGUUCAGAUCAUAUGCGACUUUUUCUUUCGGGUUCAUCAGCUUUACCAGAACCGACAUUUCAAAAAUGGCAUGAAUUAACAGGCUUUGAAAUUGUUGAACAAUUCGGUUCAUCAGAAACAGGACGUGUUCUAUCAAAUAAACUUGAAGGAAAGAAGUUAGCUGGUCGAGUUGGUCUUCCAAUGCCUGAUUUAACACUACGUUUAGUACAAAAAGAUGAAAAUAAUAAUGAUCAAAUUGUUGCAGAAGGUACUUAUGACAAAGUGAACAUUUUUCAAAAACAACAUGAUGGAAAAGUGGAAGGUGAAGUAUAUGUUAAAGGUCCUGCAAUAUUCAAAUAUUAUUUCAAUAAAGAAGAAGCUACGCGAAAAGCAUUUGAUUCUCAAGGAUACUUUAUGAUGGGAGAUAUGGCUGAAUAUGACAAAAAGAAUAAUACCUUUCGUAUACUUGGUCGAUCAUCUGUUGAUAUUAUUAAAUCUGGUGGUUAUAAAAUAUCAGCAUUAGAUAUUGAAACAGUUAUUCUUCAUCAUCCAUUUAUCAGUGAAUGUGUAGUUAUUGGUGUGAAAGAUUCAGAAUGGGGAGAACGUGUUACAGCUGUUGUUGUACUUCAGUCAGGCAAAAAAGAAAAAGAUUUAACACUUGAACAAUUACGAGAUUAUUGUAAAAAGAAAUUACCUGGUUAUCAAUGUCCAACACAAUUAAAAAUUGUUGAUAAACUUGAACGAAAUGCUGUUGGAAAAAUGAUUUAUUCUCGUUUUGUUCUUCUUUCAAUACGUAAAUGUAUUGUUCAUAUAAAACCUUCAUUUCGUUUAUCAUCUACAUCACGUCCUAUUUAUUAUGACUCGGUUUCUCAAUAUGCAAAUCAAGUAGCAUUAAUUGAUCACUCAUCUUCAUAUACUUAUGGUCAACUUUAUUCGGUUUCACGUAAACUUUCUCGUCGUCUUAUGCCACUUUGUCAACAACAGCAACAACAACAAAAAUCAACUGAUGAUGAACUUGAUAAGCAUAAUGUACAAUUUGGUAUUUUAUGUCCAAAUGAUGCGUCAUUUAUUAUUGCUAUGUGGGCUUCAUGGAUGGUUGGUGCAACUGCAGUUCCUCUAUCAUUACAACAUCCACCAUCAUCACUUGCUUAUUUUCUUAAUGAUGCACAAUGUCGAGGAGUUAUUGUUGGUGAUGAUCGUAGUAAUGAAUUAAUUAAAAUAACAUUAGAAAAUAAUUCACAAAUUGAUAUACCUAUUAUAAAUAUCAAUAAAAAAAAUUUAUCAACUAAAGUUACAUAUGAUGAUAUUAAUGAUGAUCUUUUAUUAUCAACAACAAUUGAUCGUACGGAACGAUCAAAUGCUUUAAUUAUAUAUACAAGUGGAACAAGUGGUAAACCAAAAGGAUGUGUAUUAACAUUUGAUGCUGUUCAAGCAUAUAUUGAUUCAAUGAUAAAAGCAUGGGGAUGGACGAAAAAUGAUGUUAUGUUACAUGUUUUACCACUUCAUCAUGUUCAUGGUCUUGUAAAUGCAUUAUUAACUCCACUUUUUAUCGGUGCUAAAAUUAUCAUGCUUCCACAUUUUGAUGCAUCUAAAACAUGGGAAUAUCUAGUUCAACCUGGUUUUGAACAACAUGUAACAGUUUUCACAGCUGUACCAACUAUUUAUUCAAAACUUAUUCAUAAUUAUGAUACUAAAUUAGCAUCACGUCCUCAAACAAGAGAUUUUGUUCGCGAACAAUGUUCACAAAUGAUUCGUUUAAUGAUGUGUGGUUCAGCUGCAUUACCUGAAAGUAUUCAUCGACGAUGGUCUGAAAUAACUGGUCAUAGUCUACUUGAACGUUAUGGAAUGUCAGAAUGUGGAAUGGCAUUAACAAAUCCAUUGCAUGGAGAAAGAAUUCCAGGCACUGUUGGUCGACCGAUGCCUGAUGUUACUAUUCGACUUGUACAAGAAAAUACAACAUCACCAAUGGGUUAUGAAACAUUAUUGGAAGCUGAUAGUAAUAAUACAAAAGUAGAAGUAAAAAAUACAGAUGAACCAAUUGAAGGUGAACUUUUAAUUCAAAGUCCAUCUUUAUUUAAAGAAUAUUGGCGAAAACCUAAUGAAACUCGCGCUACAUUUACAACAGAUGGUAGUUUUUUUAAAACCGGUGAUAUUUGUCGUUAUGAUCCAGAAAAAAAUGUUUUCUCAAUUCGUGGUAGACAAUCAAUGGAUAUAAUUAAACGUGCUGGCUAUAAAAUAUCAGCAUUAGAUAUAGAACGUAUUUUAUUAGAACAUAAAGAUAUUUCAGAAUGUUCAGUUAUUGGUAUUGAUGAUCCGACAGUUGGUCAAAAAAUAGUUGCUGUUAUUGUACCAAAAUCAUUAAGUAAUAUAACUGAUUUAACAAUCGAUACAAUACGUCAAUAUUCUAAACAAUAUUUACCAAAUUAUUCUUUACCAGAUUCUAUAACUAUUCUUGAUCAUAUACCUCGAAAUGCACUGGGUAAAGUUAAUAAAAAAGAACUUGCCCGUUUAAUUAUUUAA